AUGCCAUCCGAUCUUUCCAUGGCCGAGAUCAAACUGAUGGAGAAUUUAAUGAGCAUCCUACACGGAUGUUCUCCUGCCAUCAAGAGUGAACACCUUUUUCUGGGUGCACAAACAAAUGACCGCAGCGAUGUCAGAUUAUUCGAUGCUUACUACCAGUCGAUUGAGAAAGAAAACGAAUUCCGGCAAAAUCAACUAAAGAUUUUGUUAACCGUUUCUUUGGAUGGUUUCGUCCCAAAAGGGUUGACUAGAAGGGAAAUUUGGCCGCUCUACUUGAGGGUCGAAAACAUCUCUCAACCUGAUGCCGACAAAUUCACGAAUUCCAUACUGUGCGGCGUGUUAUACACUCAGUCGAAGCCUACACAGAAGAUGUUAGAAACGUUGUUUGGAAGAUUAGAAUCUGAGCUAAGGAGUCUUCAUGAAGACCCUCUGCAGAUAGAAGUCAAUGACGUGCUUUGGCCAGUGCACGUGAGCCUUUAUCGGGGCAUGGCGGACAUGGGAGCGCAGAGAGCACUGUUCAGAUUGCCGCGUUGGGAAUCACCGCAUGGGUGCUCGAAGUGUCUCAUUGGGGGAGAACGUAUUGGAAAUCGUCGCGUAUGGGUCUGUGGGGACGAAGAGAUUUCCUUGCGACAUCCCGAGUGUUUUAUCAGAGAGCAAGGUUUCACACCUGUGAUGCGCUUAAUAACUCCGGAGAAGUCUGUAAGCGAUGCUCUACACAUUGCGUCGGAGGAUCUCACGGAAGACAGAUUACAAGUCGGGAAUGUUUCUAAUCCUUUUAUCUUUAAUUUCUCAAGAUGCAAGUUUCACCGAACACACUUCUUUUCUUUUGCUGGUUCCCGUUCCCUAUUUUCUUCAUAUUUUUUUGUUUUUCAAUCGUUCACUAUGAAAGCACACGUCGGUUACCUCUUGUAAUU